UAACCACAAAUACAUUUAAUUCACAUAGCAGGACACACAAUUCUUACAAUAUAUUUCAUAUAAGAGAGCACAGCACACUUUAUUCUUCAUUAUAUAUUUUAACUUCAGUGUCUCUCUGAAGCUUCGGGACUGAUCUAUCCUCUCAUCUCCUCUUUGUGUGCUGCUGUGGGUCGGUGCAGGACACUCAUGGGAGAUAUUGGCUCACAAGGGGGCUCGCCCAUCCACCCGAUGUUCCUCUCCAAGCUGCCCCCCCCUGCAGACCUGGCUGUUGCAGCCUUCCUCACCUUUACUGGUUUGACAUCAGUGCUGGGAAACGGCAUGGUGUUAUUGCUCUACUGUAGAAAAAGAAAGAAGCUCAGACCUCCAGAGCUCCUCACCAUCAACCUGGCUCUCUGCGAUUUUGGCUAUAGCCUCUUUGGGGCGCCAUUCUUCAUCAUUUCAAGCCUGUGCCAUGCCUGGGUGUUUGGGGAGACGGGGUGCCUCUGGUACGGCAUUCAGGGCUUUGUGUUUGGCAUCGGCUCUCUUCUCACCACCUGUCUCAUCUCUGUGGACCGCUGCCUGAAGAUCUGUUGCUCAAGAUACGGUCAAUGGGUUGAGAGAUGCCACGUCUCUCUGUCCAUAUUGCUGAUGUGGGUUUAUACACUGUUCUGGGCCCUGCUGCCUGCUUUUGGCAUUGGAAGUUACGGAGCAGAACCUUAUGGGACCAGCUGCACCAUCAACUGGUGGAGAAUGAGAUCAUCUCUAAAUGACAAAAUUUAUAUUUUCCUCAUCCUGACAUUGUGCUUCGGACUGCCAACGCUUGCCAUCGUCAUUUCAUAUCUGGCAAUCCUGCUGACGGUCAACAGAUCGAAUCGCAAUCUGGCAUCUAUAUCGUCCUCAUCUGUCAGUCACACCAGCAAAGAAGUGAAACUAGCAAAGAUGGCAGCUGUAGUGUGCAGUAGCUUCCUCCUGGCCUGGAUGCCCUACGCUGCUGUGUCUCUGAUCUCUGCACUCCUUCCCAGACACCAAGAGGUAGGAGGCACUUUACUUUCUAUGAAGGAGGAGACAGCGGAUCCUAAUGUUCCCAGGAUCUUUGAUGUACCCUCUUUGCUCAACUGGACUACUGCAGAAUAUUACAGACAAAUCCACGACAAUCCUGAGAGUAAUCGGAGUGAAGUGAGCAGCACGACUUCUGCCUCCAUCACCGGCCUGAGUGAGAAAGAAGCUGAGCCAGUGACCACGACCCUGCAGUCGCACUCUUCUCUACCACCUGUAGUCACCUUGAUCCCUGCUUUGUUUGCGAAGUCUCACUCCAUGAUCAACCCUUUAAUCUACCAGAUAAUGAACAGGGCGUUCAGGGAUGAUGUCUACGUCAUGGUGUUCGGCCAAGAGAUGGCAGGGAGGAGGCGCAUGCAAGGGAGGAAUCAGAGCUUCUGUGAAAGCGGACUCAGCAUUUCGUAUCGCCAUAGCUGGAGGAGGAACAAGAGUAUGGCUAUGUUUGUAGAAAGAAAACACAUACAUUUGAAGAAUACAGAAGAACACAGCCACCCAGGGAGCAGUAGAGGAAGAUCAAAGUCGUGGGCAGACAAUACCUCAGUCAGGACUGAUGCUUUGGACUCUUUGGAGACUGCAGGAGAUAUGGAGAGACACUUCACCAAAGUUGGACAGAAGAAAUCCAGCAAUGACUGACAGAUUGAUUAUAGAUAGACAGAUGGUGGAUGGAUGGAUAGGUGGGUGCAUGGAUUGAGAAAUAGAUAUAUAUAUAUAGAUAGCUAGAUGAUAGAAAGAAAGUCAAAGAUUUGCUGUGAAAACAAACUAUGGACUAAAGGCAAAAUAAAUAAAAAAUCAACCUGUGCUACUGGCGCCCCUCUUUGUUAAAAAAAAAAACAAGAGGAGGUUUUGGCAUUGUUUUUUUUUUUCUGUGGCUCCAUGUUUCAAAACGUUUGUUAUAUUCAGGCCAAAAAAGUACAUCAACACUACAUCAAAAACAUAGUUAUUUUAAUUUAGACUAUGUUUCUAAAUUAUUGUUCUUAUAUAUUCAUAUGUUCUCUUUUUAUUUUUGUUUAUUGCUUGUUUUUUGUGAUCACAAUGUUAAAGUAUUAAGAGUUUUAAAAAAAGAAAAGAAAUGUGAUGCAUGUGAUGU